GUGUUACGUAGUGCGUUGAAAAAUUGUCAAAAUGUCUAUCAAAAGAAAAUUGACACAAGAAGAUUUAAGAAAGGCUAUGAGUGAACAUAAAAAAAAAUUAGAAAUAGUGAAGAAGAUAGAAUCACCUUUAGCAAAAUAUACAGAUGCAGGACAAUUAAUGUGCAUUCUCUGUAAAUCUAUUGUACGCAACGAAACAGUCUGGGUCGUUCAUAUCAAUUCUAAAACACAUAAAGAAAAUGUGAUAUUAGCAAAAAAAACGAAGUUAGAAAUUGAACGACAUUCAACUACUACUGUACCAACUACAUUAAGAAGGCCUGGUUCACCAUUAGAGGGAAAUAUUACAAAUAAGAAAAUAAAGGUUAUACUCAAGAAUCCUUCUAAACCAUCCGCACAAUCAAAUUUACCAGCAGAUUUUUUUGAUAAUUCUUCUAAGCAAUCAUGCGUCACUUCUACGCCAGUCAUGCCUAUUACACAAGAAUCAAAAAGUUCUUUGGAAGUAACAAAUGACGCAGAAAAUAGGAUACAUACAGAUAUAGAAAAUGAUAUAGACAAAGAAAAGGAGAAAGCAAGAGACAUAAAUCAAGCAGCCUUGCCAGAAGGAUUUUUUGAUGAUCCAAUUUUGGAUGCUAAAGUACGUAAUGUUGAAUACAAAGAUCCAAUUGAGGAAGAAUGGGAGAAAUUUAAAAAAGAAAUCAAGGAGGAAACAGCUCAAUCUGCACAAAUCAUAGCUGAUGAUCAAGAAGAAGCAACAACAGAGAGGCAGAUAGAUGAGAUAGAAGAACAAAUACGAUAUUGGUCACGGGUAAUGGACUUUGUAAAACGAAAGGAACAAGUUCAAGCUACGGAUAGAAAACAGGACAAUAUAGAGGGUGAUACGUCCAGCGGUGACGAAGCAGAGUUUGAUGAGUUUUUAGAUUGGAGAGCAAAAAAUUCUUAUAAAUAAAAUAUAUCUCUGAACUUUGUGUACUUACAUUAAUUAGUUAUUAUAAUAUAUAAAAUAUAUUACCAUAGAUAUAUAUAAAAGUUAUGUUUUUAAAUUUCUUCAAUUGCUAUUAAUACUAUUUGGAAGAAAGAAGAUGUAAGCCUUUGAAAAGAAAGAAGAUCUAAAAGUAUGAACAAAUGUCACAAAAUAGGAAAUCUUAAAUUAACAACAUGUAUACAGUGUAUUAAGAUUUUAUUAAAAUGAAGUCAGAAUAUAAUUAAGUUUCAAAUACAUUUGGUAUACGUUA